AUGAUUCCGUGUCUUUUCAACACUACGAACAGUGCUCCCAGCGGCGCUCCCACAGUGACGGUGAAGAAUGGCAGCUAUUAUGGCCUCUACAACCCACAUUAUAACCAGGAUCUCUUUCUGGGGAUGCCGUAUACUCAGCCCCCUGUGGGUAACCUUCGCUUCCGACGUCCACAAUCAUUAAACUCGUCGUGGUCUGGGUUCAAGAACGCCACGGAAUACAGUCCGGAGUGCAUUGGAUAUGGCAGCGAUACGUGGGUGCUAGGCAAUAUCAUCUCUGAGGAUUGUCUCACUGUGAACGUCGUUCGCCCCAGCUACAUCCCACCAGAUACCCUGCUGCCUGUCAUUUUCUGGAUCCAUGGCGGUGGUUUGGUCGACGGUGGCAGUCGGGACCCUCGGUACAACCAGUCAUUCAUGGUCCAGCACUCGGUCGAGAUGGGCCAGCCGAUCAUCGGCGUCAGUAUCAACUACCGUUUAUCCGGUUGGGGUUUCCUCUGGGGAGAAGAGGUAUCUGAAGAAGGAGUGGGCAACCUAGGUCUCCGCGACCAGCGUCUGGCCCUCCACUGGGUCCAGGAGAACAUUGCAGCCUUUGGCGGCGAUCCGUCCAAAGUAACCAUCCAUGGCGAAUCCUCCGGUGCAGGGUCCGUUGGAGUGCACCUGGUCGCCUUUGGUGGUCGCAAUGACAGUCUCUUCCGUGCUGCUAUUGCAGAAUCGGGUGGUCCAACGGCCCAGGCCUACUACGUCAACGCCUCUGCCUGGGAACCCAACUACCAGAACAUCACACGGAUGGCUAACUGUAGCGAUGCAAGCGACACGCUUUCCUGUCUCCGAACCGUCCCGACCGACACGCUCAGCAACAUUUUCAACACCUCGGGCGUCAACCCUUCCGCGGGCGUCGUGAUUGACGGCGACCUGCUCCCAGAGUCAGCCACGAGACUGACCAAGAACGGCAAGUUUGUCAGAGUUCCCUUCCUGAUUGGCACCAACUUCGACGAGGGGACCCAAUUCGGCGUGCAAGGGAUCAACACGGACGCCGAGUUCAUCGCAUCGGUCAAAUCAAAUGCUCCUGGCCUCAACGACUCGGUGCUGAAUAUCGUCGCCCAGCUGUAUCCAGACAUCCCUGAAAUAGGCAUUCCGGCAACCCUGCACGGGCGGCCAGCUAAUGACACCCCCUGGGGAUACCAGUGGAAACGCGCCGCCGCGUACGGGGGCGACCUAUACAUGCAUACGGGACGCCGCAUCUCAACGCGAGCGUGGGCGGAGUACGGCGUGCCCGCGUACUCGUACCACUUCAACGUGCUCGACAACGGCGAGAGCAUGUACGAAGGGAGCUCACAUUUCAUGGAGGUGGCCUUUGUCUUCGACAACAUCCAUGGGCUCGGCUACAACACCUCUGUAGCGGUGGACCCUUUUGCCAACGAACCCGCGACCUUCGACCAGCUCGCCAGCAUGAUGUCCGGGGCCUGGAUCAGUUUCGUCAACACUCUUGACCCAAACCGCCACUCACUCGGCGUCAACGGCGUCAACCUGCAGGGACUGCAGUGGCCGAUCUACACCGUGCCCAACCCUCGCAACAUCGUCUUCAACGUCAAUGUGACGGGCAACGCCUACAUCGAGCCGGAUAUAUACCGUGCCGAGGCCAUCCACUAUAUGGCGGACAACUUUGAUACAAUCUGGGGAAGGUAA